GGGAAAAUUCAGUUAAUGACGUAAUCAAACAGACGAUGAACACUAUUAACUGCAAUGAUUAUAUGUUGCAAUCAAACUUGUAGCAAAAUUUGGUCCAGUAGUUUCUGUUGUUUCAGAGUUGGCAUCAUCUGAGGUCCUCUGAGGGGUUAGCCUCAUCUCUUCUCAGGUUUUCGGUAAUUAGCAUAGCUGCUGUUCCAACCAAGCAAUAAAAAAUAUUUUUUAAAAAUGCUGUGAGCUCACAAACUCUUAAAUUAGCAACAUUUUGAGUAUAAAUCUGACAUUGUUUAUUCACCAUCAUGUCAUUCCAAGCCUUUUAGACUUCCUUUUUUCAUGUCUUUCUUUCUGAACACAAAAGGCAAGAGUUUAAUGAAUAAAGGUGGGGUGAAUUCAACACAAUGGCAUUACAUCGUGACUCACAUUAACACUUCAUAAUGCAACCAAAAAUGUCAGCAAAAAUAAGCCUGGACAUGAUAUUUGAAGGAAUAGUUGACUAAAAAAAUAAGCUGAAAAUGUACUCAACGUUAGGCAUUCCAAGAUGUAGAUGAGUUUGUUUCUUCAUUAGAACAGAUUUGGAGAAUAACAUUUCAUCACUUGCUCACCAGUGGAUCCUCUGCAGUGAAUGGGUGCCGUCAGAAUGAGAGUCAGCUGAGAAAAACGUCACAGAUGGCAAGAGAAAGUACUGGAGCUGACAAAUAAAAAGAAUAUCGACGCAAAGCGCAUGGAAGAACUUUACAACAGGAACCAGCAGAUGAAAGAACAGCAGCGGAUUCUUACUGAGAACAUCAAACAACUGGAGAACAGGUUGCGGGCCGGGUUGUGUGACAGGUGUACAGUCACUCAGGAUGUGGCUAAAAAAAGGCAACAGGAGUAUGAAAACUCCCAGCUCCAGAGUCUGCAGCACAUCUCUCUAAUGGUGAGUGAGAUGAAUGCACUAAAGAAAGAAAACGACAGACUGAGAGAGGAGCUGAAGGGCUUGAGGGAUCCAUCAAAUCGACAGAAUGGUCAUUCAGAAGACACAAUGACCCCAGAGGUCAAGGGGUCACCUGACACAGCAGUGGCUGCUGUGACUUUACUGGCCUCAGGGCUGAAGUCCAGCCAGCCUCCACCAGGGGACACCACUGUACCUGCAGCCACUGUCAAACACAGCCCAACACACAGCCUGGAAAAAGCUUCUGAACACAAACUUAUGCAAAGCUGGGGCAGGGUGUUUUCAUUUGAGUCGAAUAAGCCCAUGUCGCCCAUCUCAAGAUGGGGCACAGACCACAGUGCUGAAAGAAGAUCUUCCAGCGUGGACUCGGUUGAGCACAGACAUUCCCCUUUGUCUCCUUCUCUUCCAUCUCCUCUUAGUCUACUGAAGAACAAUCCUAUUUUUUCUUCUGUUGCCUCUGAGGAACGUAGCAGCCGGCAACAAAUUCACACCCCCGUCCCCUUCCGACCACUUCCGAUCAAGACGGGUCGCCUGUCUAUCCCGUGGUCGCUCUCAGAAUCUACUGACUGGGUAACAGUAGCAGCGGGCGGCUCUGGUGUUGGUAGCGGGAUAGCAGUUCACCCAAGCCAGAACCCUAUUCCCAGCUCAAACAUACUGCGUUUCCCUAAACUGGUCCCACCAAGCGGUGGCCACCAGUCUCGUACACAUGGCCCAACACCUAGCGGUAUGCGGCCCUGGUCCCGCAGAAACCUGUCAGAGCAUGCAGAGAGUAGAGAAAAGAGAGUGACAGAAGCUGUUACAGCGCCGCCCCAGUGGAAGGCCUCAGCAACGCCGCCAGAGAGGAUUUUUGGAGAGAAGCUGAGAGAGGAUGAAGAGGAAGCUCCGUUAGACCUGUCUGAGUCGGGCCGUUCAAAAAGCAAAGAGAAAGAGAAAACACAAUCACAGAGCGAUGUAUCUUCCUCUUCAUCUUCCUCACCACCUGCUACGCUUUCAUCGUCAUCUCAAUGCCCAUCAAGCCCUCAAAGUGACCAGCAGACAACAGACAGUAAUACACAGCAGGAGGAAGCACGGGAAACAUGUAAGGAACAGGAAGAGGUAAAGGAAGGUGAAACAUCUACAGCAGCUGAAACGUCUGUCAGCUCAGAGAAGAAGAAAAUCCCACCGCUAACCAUUUCCCUGCAACCAGUUGUGGUUAUGGAGACGCUUAAAUCAGGAUUACAGUUGUCUGAUCAUGGCAGCAGACCAAUGGAGCAAGAGGAGAAAGAGAACAAUAACCUUGAAGCAAGCAGAAAAAGACUUGGGCAGGAUACUGAUGCUUUUUCCCAGCGCUCAGUAAAGGAGAAGAAAAUUCGUCUGAGCAGGGGACCUCAAGGAAAAAAUGUAGACUCAGAGCAAGGAUGAAGGUCUCAUAUAUUUAUCUCUGUUUUAUGUUAAUUGGCUUUGUUUAGUAUUUUCACAAACGUUAUUCUUCAUACUCUUUUUUUUAUAUAUAUAUACAGGCAGUGGAUUCAGCUAUUGCUGUGGUUAUGCACACACCCUUUUUUCUUUCACCUUUCGCCGCCAGUUUUCAAGUUUGAAUCUCUGGCGUUUGCUAUAGUUUUCCAGAAAAACCAACAUUAGACUUCAGCUACACCUCUGUCAACAUAAUUCUCAUGUAUCAAACAGAAUACAUAAUGCAGUCCAGACUGGAAUUAAAUAAGAUCUAUUAGUAGCAUGUGCAGCUAUAUUGUUCAUACUGCACAUGGGUAAAUUUGAGCAUUGAUUAUGAAUAAAGUAACAAAUCCAUUGGAUUAUCCACUGGCGGUGGCUGAGAAGAGACCCCUCCAUUAUUGUAAAGCACUUUGGGUGUACAGCAAUACACAAUAAAGUGCUAUCUAAAUGCAUCAUUCAUUCAUUCAUUGAGACAAUUUUCCAGCCAUUUUUAGCUGUACUAAAACAGGAAGCCCGCCGUUUUCACUGACAAGGGGGCUGUUAAUAAACUUAUCUAGAUAUGUUUUAAUUUCCUCAGUUUCAUUUUCUUCUUCCUCUUUUGUAACAUCACAAGUUAUUAAUAAGCACAUAUAACAUGAGAACAUAUGAUUUCUUGCUGACUUGUGUUUUGAACAUUGUCAUGUCAGCUCUAAGUUUAUGUUCAUUCUUUCUUUCAUGUAAAAGGUGUCGCAUCUCAUCUAUUUUUGUCUAUGUCUGAGCACUACAGCCUGCUUCUUGUAGAUGUGACAAAAUGAAAAACCCUCGGCUUCCCCUUUUGUUUUUUUUUUUUGAGAUGUCAAGCAUAUAUUUUGUAAUAGUGAAUUUUCCACUUGCAGCUGUAAAAGCUGCAAAAAGGAGGAACAGUAAAACUGUGAAGAAAAAAGUAAAGGUUUUUUUUUUUUUUUUAACUUUCUGUACUGUUGUUUCAAACUAGCUGUAAACCUUUCCUUUGCACUAUUUUUAGAUAGUUUUAAGAGAUAAUUUGGAGAUUAUCUAAUACUUAAUUUCAUCUGAUACAUUAGUUCCUCUGCUAACGUCUGUCGAACGAAAUGCAGUUAUAAGACCAUGGCAGCAAACUGAUUGCUGUGGUCAUACUUUGUGAACUAUCACCUGUAAUGUUUUAGGAUGUGGGAAACACCUGCGUUGUUGCAGGAAGAGGAUAAAUAAUUUUCACGGUGAAGAGUCAUUGGAACAAUUCAGAAUUUUCACUUGAAUAUGCCAAUCACCACAACACUUGACUUGCUUGCUUUUGUAUACUGAACAAAGGUGUAUGAGUUUAAAGUACAAAGGUAGAAAUCCUAAUAAAAACCCUUGCAUCAACAUAUCA